GUACUUCUUGACUCUUUGCUAUCUUGCUGGGCCACCAAUCAAAGCGCCACAGCAUUCAAGGCACCAUGUCGGACAAUGCCGCGCAGCCGUCGUCGCUCAAGCGUCCGACCGACGGCGCCAACGGCGGACACAAGAAGAAAAAGGCCAAGACGAAUGGCGCGAAGAAGCCGCUUCCGAUUGCUGCAGGCAGCAACUGGGCCAAGUUGAAGCCCGUGGUGGCCCAGCCAGCGGCGGACAAGAAGCACGACCUGCGCUACGUCAAGGCCAAGAAGCCCGAGAAGAAGCCGAAAAAGUCGCAAACGAUCGACUGGAUCGACACCACGUCGAUCGUGGCCAUGGAUUGUGAAAUGGUUGGCGUCGGCGUCGGCGGAACCCGCAGCGUCCUCGCGCGAUGCAGCAUUGUCGACUUUGAUGGGAACGUCGUGUACGACGAGCACGUCAAGCCGCUGGAAAAGGUCACCGACUUCCGAACGCACGUCAGUGGCAUUCGGUCCAAGUCGCUGCGCAAAGCCAUCCCAUUUGCCAAGUGCCAAGUGGAUGUCGCCGCGAUUCUUAAGGACAAGAUAUUGGUUGGUCAUGCCGUGCGAAAUGAUUUGCAGGCGUUAAUGCUGACGCAUCCCAAGCCCAUGCUGCGCGACACGACCAAGUACCGUCCGUACAUGCGGCGGAGGGUGAACGGCACGAAAUUGUUGCCGAAAGCACUUCGGCAUUUGGCGCUCGAGGUGCUGGGCAGGACGAUUCAAGGUGGCGAGCAUGAUUCGGUCAUCGAUGCCCAAACGACGCUCGACCUGUAUAAGCAUGCCAUGGUGCCGUGGGAAAAGGCACUGAAAGCGUCCAAGGUGCCGGGGGGGCUCGUGGGAGUCGCUCCUGUCAAUGUCCAGGCAAAGGAAAAGGCAGAUAAAGCCAAGCGCGUCGCGGCGGACAUCGACUCGGACGACGAUUUCGCUAUCCAGCAACUCCAAGACAAGCCCGUGGUGACCAAGCCAUCGCUGCGCAUUCCAGACGCCCACGCCCUCGUCAUGCAAGAGUACGAUGAGUAACAUGAAUGAGUGGGAAAACCUGCCGUCCGCGUGCUGUUGGAAUGACUUCCCUUUCGCGGGCCUAUUGAAAAAUAUGCAUCAUUUCACCUCG